UCAGUAGGCAACAAAUCCUUCACGAUCGGCGAAACCCGCGUGCAAGGGCCGGUGAUUGUAGCGAACGGCCAUAUUUUCUUGUGGGAUGUGCCACAGUUUGGCGUAGGGAACCCUGCGAGCCCGUUUUAUGGAUGGACGGAGGAUUGUUUGCGGAUAUUUGAGGUUAUGGAGAAUGCACCAGAAAUCAUCGUAAUAGGCACCGGCGCCCAAGUUCAUCCGCUACCCCCACACCUCAAACGUUACCUACACAGCCUCGGCAUGCAAACUGAGGUGCUAGCGUCCCGACAAGCUGCAUCGACGUACAACAUCCUUGUGCAGGAAGGCAGAAGACCUGCAGCGGCGUUGCUACCUCCUGUGCCAACAUCCGCAAGGACGGGACAG